GUCUCUCAGUCGUUGUAACUUGCCUAUAUAAAAUCCCUCUUCUGUUGUUUGAGGAAAUCUCGAGAUAGUCAUACCUGACAUAUCAUACACAUACAUUUGUAGGUAUGGUGCAGCCUAGGGAAGUAAACAGCCUUAGAUCCAUUCAUACCGAGUGAAUACACCACUACACUACUUGUUAAUUACCAAUUACCGUUUUCGUAUAAGUCGGCGAAUUCCACCGAAUCGGAUCCAUCGACACCAUGACAAUCCGCGUCUCUCUCAUUACCGAAGCAGAUAUACCAGGUGCUAUAUCUGUGAUCCAACAAGCUUUUGCGGAUGAUCCAUAUAGAAAUUGGGUCUUUGACAAAUCCACGUUCAACGCGCAGCGCAACGCGGCCUCUCUUGCCAUUCGCUGCCGCUGGGGUAUGCGUAAUGGCAUUUUCCACGUCGCGAAAGAAGAAGGCAGCGAUGAGGUUCUCGGUGUCGCCUGCUGGUUGAAACCGCAGCCGGCAGGGAAAUCGCCCACCUGGCAUGACUGGGCCGAGGGCUGGAAGCUAUGGUUUAACCAGAUCGGGAUGAAUCUCGUCUACGGCCGGGGAGGCCUCAACGUCAAGCGCUAUUACAUAUGGAAGGAGACACAGGCCAAAGCCCAAGCGGCGGUUUGGACCGACCCUCGGGGAUACUAUUUCCUCAACAUCAUGGUCGUGUCGCCUAAGGCCCAGGGCAAAGGAAUCGGACGCCUCAUGAUGGAGACCGUGACCGACCAAGCUGACGCCGAGGGCAUGAAGUGCUACCUCGAGUCCAGCAAGGACGUACCCAACAUGCAGAUCUACGGCCGAUUCGGCUUCAAGUUCGCGAAGGAGCUAGAGUGCAAUGACGACGGCACCGCUAUCAAGCUUUAUGCGAUGGUUAGGGACCCCGUCGCAAAGCCGCUGGCGAAUUGAUCGUACGCGUCUUGCAACCCCUUGGGCUAUAGAGUCGCUCUUACGGUUUGACUACGGCUUUGAGAGUUGCGCACGGGUUCCCUAUGUCGAACCGAAGCUGUCCAUCGGCAUGUGGGAUAAUAUGGAUAUGCUAUCUGGUUUGAUCACCCUAAUUGGCCGAUCACGAUGGCCCUGAUAUCUAAUGGAGAGAUCUUGGAAAUGUUGAUCUUGGGUACUCGGACGGUCACCCACAUAAGUCGAUAUCCCACACCCAAGCAAGAUACUUGGCCUGCUUGGCUAUCUUGCUUGUGCCUUAUUAUUCUCACAUGGAUACCAUGUGCAUUUGAUCUUCCCGAAAUAUAAAGAGCCGGAUAUACUCUUCUAUACAUCCACAGCCGAGGUUAAAUAGGAGCAUGUGUUCGAUGGACUGGCACGCAGUCUUACAAACAAUCGGGGUGCGUGUGCAAUUUUUCGGACGCCUACAGGGCUAAGGGGCUUAUGGUACUACGUGUUUACUCUAUACUCUAUAGCUCUUGGGGGGUAACAACCAGGAACUCGUACAAAAUUUUUAAACAUCCGUCAACUUUUCCCCAUGCUUUUGUUUUAGCACAUAUGGUGAUUGAAUACCCAGUGUCAGAUAAUACGGUAAAUGUUUGUUUGAUAUGUACGUAUUUACUAUCCCCCUGUUCCAAAUCAUCUACGUCGAGAAGUAGGAAUUAGGCAUAGAAGGCUCCAGUCACCGUAAACGUCUAAG